AUGCCCACCAUCGCUGAGCCUGCAGGUGAACCGCUUCUAAUGGACCAGGAAAACGACUUUAACACUUCUACAAAAGCUUUUGACCACGAGAAACAACCCGUCAGCACUGUCGAGUUCAGCUAUGACCAACAAGACGUAGCCGCCAGCGGACAGAGAGUCGGAAAAAGGAUGACAGAGAAAGUCGAUUCGCAUGAAGGAAGCAUGUCAGAAAGUACGGGUGGCUGGCAAAAGACCACAAGGCGCAUUAUUGACGCUUGCAAAGCUACAAUAUGCAGAACCGCGCUACUUAUUCCUGUGACAGAAGGGUUGGCACAACCCAAAUGGACUUGGUUCAAAAUGAAGCCACAACCACUCAAGGAUUUCGAAGCAUUUGACAAAGCAUCGAGAGGAUUAGGGGGUAGUCUAAGUCUACUCUUAUAUACCAAGGGAUGGUUUGUUGGUAUUAUCGUUGCAUUUCUUUUAAGUACUACGAUUGCCACAUCGACAAUCACAAAGUUUGCCGUCACGUACCUAUCGAAGUAUAUUGAGAAUAGAGACAAGUGGAGUGCAGAGGCAUGGAGAUUAGCGGAGAGCUGGGGGAAGGAUGACCCAGAAUUUGCACUCAUGAAUGGGCCAACUAUUGCGAGAGGGGUCAGACGAGGAAUUCAUAAUCUGGUGACCAAACAGAUUCCGUUUAAAGAACCAAAGUGCGCCUCGGCGAAUUGCGAAUGGUCCCAAUUCCGCACGCUCGCUAUAGGAUACGAGAUAACCAACGUCACCCACCUGAUCGAAGCCGAUAUCAAUUUUUACGAUGGUACUCUGAAUAUUACCUUCCUAAAUGGAGUUUAUAUACUACCAGGCAGAAGUCGUGCCAGAUAUACUAGUGCCCUAACCUAA